CGUCACUGCACUUUGCACGCACAUCAUUCACGCUGACAUCAAACUUUUUGAUAAAAAUUUAUUUGUGUCGAAAUAAACCCACAAUUAAUGUUUGAAAAUGUCCGAAGACUCGUGGGCGGUUGCAGUCGACGUUCAAGAAGCUACAACUCCAUCCAUACAGAUUGACUUCUCAAAGAAGGUGGAUCGACUGCGUGGUCCACGCAACAUAAGAGGAGACAUAAAUGGCAACAUUGUGCCGGAGAGAGCUGAAAAUGGAGGCUGGACAAGAGACGGGGACAAAGUGGACCUGGCUGAACAGUCCCUGUUGAAUAAACUGAUCCGCCGCUCUCUGGUGCGGAACAGAAACCAGGUGGAGGUUCUGCAGCGGGACCCCACCUCUCCUCUGUACUCUGUGAAGACCUUUGAGGAGCUGAGACUGAAACCUGAGCUGCUGAAGGGUGUCUACAACAUGGGUUUCAACAGACCAUCCAGAAUCCAGGAGAAUGCUUUGCCCAUGAUGUUGGCACAGCCACCUCAGAAUCUGAUUGCCCAGUCUCAGUCUGGCACAGGUAAAACCGCUGCUUUUUCUCUGGCCAUGCUCAGCCAUGUAAACCCAGCUAAAAAGUGGACUCAGUGCCUUUGCAUCUCGCCAACAUACGAGCUUGCGCUGCAGAUUGGUCAAGUAAUUGAGCAAAUGGGGAAAUUUUGUCCUGAUGUGAAACUGGCAUAUGGAAUUCGAGGCAGCAAAAUGGAGCGAGGCACCAAGUUGCAGCAGCAGAUUGUCAUAGGAACGCCGGGUACAAUCCUCGACUGGUGCACCAAGUACAAGCUCAUCGACCCAAAGAAGAUUACUAUGUUUGUGCUGGACGAGGCUGAUGUGAUGAUCGCCACACAGGGUCAUCGGGACCAGAGCAUACGUAUCCAUAGACAACUGACAAAGGACUGUCAGAUGCUCCUUUUUUCUGCAACCUUUGAGGACUCUGUGUGGAAGUUUGCAGAGCAUGUGGUUCCCGAUCCCAAUAUCAUCAGGCUGAAGCGUGAAGAGGAGACUCUGGACACCAUCAAGCAGUUCUAUGUGGUCUGUAAGGAGAAGGAAGACAAAUUCACAGCACUGUGUAAUCUAUAUGGCACCCUUACCAUUGCACAGGCCAUGAUCUUCUGCCAUACUCGCAAGAUGGCAGCUUGGCUGACUGCAAACCUGACCAAAGAGGGCCACCAGGUGGCAUUGCUGAGUGGGGAAAUGACCGUGGAGCAGAGAGCUGCGGUCAUCGAACGCUUCAGGAACGGCAAGGAAAAGGUGCUCGUGACCACCAAUGUGUCCAGAGGGAUUGAUGUGGAACAAGUGUCACUUGUGGUCAACUUUGACCUGCCUGUGGACAUGGAUGGGAACGCUGACAAUGAGACAUACCUUCACCGGAUUGGCCGCACAGGACGCUUUGGCAGAAGAGGAUUUGCUGUCAAUAUGGUUGACAGCAAACACAGCAUGGAUAUUAUCAACCAAAUUGAAAUGCAUUUCAGUAUACAGGGAAUCACAAAACUUGACACCAGCAAUCUUGAGGAGAUGGAGAGCCUAAUAAGCUGAAUGCUUUGCUACAUGCACUCCCAAUACUGAGGCAGUUAGACGUGUUACGUCAAAUGUGACUUGAGUUAUUUCAAGGGUUGAUUGUAAUGUU